AAAAGAUUUGUGUAAACAUAACGUAUAAUGUAAACAAUAUAUAAAUAAUUCACGUAGACAAUUUUGAAAUGUACGAUUCUGUUAAUUUCUUUAGAACUCUCGCAAAUCAAUGUCCAUAACUGUAUUCCGUAACUAUUACUGUAACUGCAACGUACCGUAAGAAUUAUAGCCAAUCACAGUCGAGAAUUGUCAAAAAUAUAAGAUUAUUAUUUUUAAACUAUUGGCGAUUGACUAAUGCUUUGGAGCAUUUGAUCAAUGACGAAGAAUUUUACAAAUUAACCAAUCAGAGAAUGCUUUAAAGCAUUUGUAGCGUCAUCUUGACCACACCCUAAUUGUAGGCCAUGACACACAAAAAAUUCAAGUAAUAAAACUUAGACCGUAAACGAAUGAGCCAAUCAUAGUCGAGAAUGGUUAUAUCCAGUGAAAAAUAGUACAUCAAGUUAAUGUCGAUUUGACGUCGAUUUGAUGUUGAAUUGGUGUCAAUUUUGUUAUCAUUUUUCACUGGAUAAGCCCAUAACGUAAGCAGUAGCAAAUCCAACAUGUUGAUUUCCUUAUUGCGUAUGUCUUUCUGCAUAAGUUUUUCUAUAUGCCAUGGUCUUUUAUUACUGCUUGAAAUCGAUUAUGAAACUUUUUCUCUAGGACAGAAACGUAAAAAUUUUACCAUUGAAAUUAAUGGAGAAAAUUUUCACUUUUCAUGUUUCCGCCCUAGAGAAAAAGUUUCAUAAUCAACCUCCUUGUGCCUCUUAAGCCUGAUUUAUACAGAUUGUAACUGUAAGAAAUAGCCAAUCAUAAUCGAUUUGUAGAAGAGUAAAUCGAUUGUGUUUGGCAAAUUUCUUACGCGGUUAGGACCUAUCCAGACAAACUUACAUAGUUGUGUCACCAUAUGUGCAUAAGAAAAUUGAUUGUUCCAUUUUCUUAUGCAUUUGUUAAUGGAUCAAUCAAUUUCCUUAUGUAUAUGAUUAUGCAGCUAUGCAAGUUUGUCUGGAUAUAGAUUCUUACGGCCUGAAUAAACCACAAUAAUUUACUGUUUAAGUUUCUCUUUGUACCACUAAUUUAAGAUUGUAAUAUGAAUUGUUAUACAUUUAAAUCAAACGAAAAAGAGUAAAAUCAAGAGCAACAAUUAAUCUUAUUAAAAAAAUUGAUAACGGUUGUAAAGCUUCUUUUUCUGCUGUGCUCGGCUAAUAAGAGUUGGGCGUACGUUGAUGCAAACUUAACGCCCUCUGGUUCCGGUUCAGUUUUUCUCAUGUUAAACGCGUAUCUAGAUGAUCGAUAUAUAGUGACCAUAGCUUAAAAAAAUCUAAAACUAUGUUGGUAUAUAAAUCUUUAUUAGCUAACUUAAUAUUGCACAACCUUUUUUCUUCUAAGAUUUAAUUUCUUUUUUUAUGUGUUAAACAUCGUUAAAUCGCGCCUCGAUUCACAUCAGAGGAACGAGCGGACUGUCCAACGAGUUAUCGAUCGUAUAUAUUAACGUGGUCGACGAAUGGACGAAGAAAUAGUAGUAGACGACGUUGAGGAACAUAGCACUGUGGAUACGCAGCAGACGGAUGAUCCAACGACAUCCGUUAUGCCACUGCUGUACAUCCAGCAAAAUAAAGUACGUUCCACCAAAUCGUCAAAUGUAAAUCAAACCCUCGUUUCACCUAGCACACAACUCGCUGCCAUUAUUAAUCCAGUUAAGAAUCAGAUUGUGACUGGACAAAAUAAGGUGUUUAUACAAGGGUCCAAUCAGGUAUCUACGUCUCAAAGUAAACAACACAUUGUGAUUCAUCGUUCACCAAUAAAUACAGUGAGCACUGCAGCAACUUCACAGGCUCAAAAACAUAUUUUACUUAGAAAGUCUACAUCUACGGCUCAGAUAGUGCCCUUGAAUACAACGCAAGGGAAUCAAACUAAUGCACAAGUGGGAAAACAUACAUUUGCGUAUUUGGGAACUCUCAUUAAACCUAAUAAAUCACGAGAAUCUGUUGUUAUACCUGCAGGAGCUUUAACACAGACUCAGAUAACCACCAAACCCAAAUUGGUAAUUACACCAGUGAUAUCGCAAUUAGCUCAAACAUCGACAAGUACCACGAGUGGCUCUCAGAGCCAACCUGGCAAACACAUGGCGAAUUUAAUUUUGCCAGUGAACAUUCCUCAACAAAGUGGCACCACAAAAUCUAGUAUGUUUAAUUUAAAAAUUAAUAAUGGUCAACUCAGUACGGAAAGCAAAGGUACCAUAACAGUGUUACGUGAAUCAAAAACGACAAAUUCAACAACACAUCCACCACCACUGCAUCCGAUAGCAAAAAUGAGUCUUUUAAAUGCAAACAAGGGUAAUUCCAAUUCCAUAGACAGUAUAAAAAUUACUGAAAAUCCAGAUUCAGCUGUUAUUACACCAAUUCCGAAAAAGGAAGAUAAUCAGCCAGAAAAACGAAAAAAGACAAUUAGCAACAUAUUACGAGGUUCUACUGAAAAACGGAUGAAGAAGCAAAAUAUUCCAAAAUCUCCUCAAGACAGUCUAGCUGAUACUAAUUAUGCAUUGAGCAGUCCAGAGUCUGAGCAAGAUAAAGAUAAAAAGGCUCAAAAUGAUGAUGAUAUCACAUUGAUUAAAGUUAUUCCUAGUGAGGAUAAAGUUUCCAAACUUAAUACAAAUGUGGAUGAUGAUAUAAAAAUAGAAAUAAUUAAAACUCCAACAAACAGUAACAUUGAGACAUCACCGGAUAUUAAGACUGAAGCAAAGAGUAACAAUUAUGAUGAGACAAAAGAACAAUUGAAUCAGAAUAAAAAUUUGGAUGCUUCUAAAGUUUUAGACUGGAAAGAUGGUGUUGGUACUUUACCUGGAAGUAAUUUACAGUUUCGUAUGAAUGAAUUCGGCAUUAUGGAGGUAUUAGAUGAAGAUGAAAGCAAUAAGCAGAAUAAGGAUGGUAUUGGUGAUAAAGAAAAUGUAUGUUUAACGCAAAAUUCCUCGAAGACCAGUUCAGGAACCGUUAAUACUAACAUAGAGAAAAAAGCUGAUGACAGAAAAUCUAGAUCGGUAAGUGCAGAUACUGUAUAUCAUUGCGAAGCUUGUGGAUGUUACGGAUUGGCUGCUGAAUUUGAAAGUCCAAUAUCGUGUAGUCCUUCUUGUACGGAGGUGAUAGAGGCUAGAAAACAACCUACAAAUCGAAAGGACAAAGAUCUAAAAGAAGUACGCAUGAAAAAGAAACGCAAAAGAUUGUUACAAGAACCACAGUGGUCAAAGGAAAUAGAUGAAAGGUCUGAUGAUAAGAUAAAAUUAGAGAUGGAUGAGGAAAAAGACACGAUGGCAGGUAUAGAUGACGAGAUUCAAGGAGACUCGUCAGAAUCGAAGUAUCCUUGGCAAAGAGGAAAGCUAGGUUUUUCAUGGCCAAAGUACCUUGAACAUUGUAAAGCAAAAGCAGCACCUGUUAAGUUAUUCAAAGAUCCUUUUCCCUAUAGUAAAAAUCAUUUUAGAGUUGGAAUGAAAUUGGAAGGCAUUGAUCCAGAACAUCCUUCUCGAUAUUGUGUUCUGACCAUUGCCGAAGUUGUAGGUUAUCGAAUGCGUCUGCAUUUUGAUGGUUAUCCAGAAAAUUAUGAUUUCUGGGUAAAUGCAGAUAGCAUGAAUAUAUUUCCUGCUGGUUGGGCUGAGAAAAAUGGCAAGAAAUUGAAUCCACCAAAGGGUUAUACAUCUGCAAACUUUAAUUGGAAUGCAUAUCUAAAAAUAUGUAAAGCGCCUGUUGCAGCAAAGAAUCUAUUCCCGAAUAAAGGUGCGUUGCACCCUGUCUUUCCUACGGGCUUUCGAGUGGGCAUGAAGUUGGAGGCAGUGGAUAGGAAACAUUCUUCGUUACUUUGCGUCGCUACCAUAGCAGGUUUAAUGGAUUCUCGAAUAUUAGUCCAUUUUGAUUCAUGGGACGAGGUGUAUGAUUAUUGGGCUGAUGCGAGUUCACCAUAUAUUCAUCCUGUCGGAUGGUCUCAUCACAAUGGACGUGUUUUAAUGCCACCGAAUAAUUAUAAGGAUACCAAAUCAUUCACUUGGGAUGCAUAUUUGAGAGAAACUGGCUCAUUGGCUGCUCCAGCCAGGGCAUUCAAACAACGUCCACCAUGUGCGUUCAGACGUGGUAUGAAAUUGGAAGUAGUGGACAAGCGGGUUCCACAACUGAUCAGAGUAGCAACAGUGGAAGAUGUGAAAGACCACCUAUUGAAGAUAAAAUUCGAUGGGUGGCCCGAUAAUCACGCCUAUUGGGUUGACGAUGAUUCACCUGAUAUUCAUCCUGUGGGCUGGUGUUCAAAAACUGGUCAUCCACUGGAACCACCACUUACACCCGAUAAUUUGAAUGAUCGACCGGAAUGUGGCACGUAUGGUUGUCGAGGUAUAGGACAUGUAAAAGGACCUAAAUUUGCAACGCAUAAUUCAGCAUCUGGUUGUCCGUAUUCUCCCCAAAAUUUAAAUAAAUCAGGACAAAUGCCUGAUAGACUUAAUUUGACGAAAGGACAGGACUCUCACGAAGCCUAUGAUUACGAGCAGGAUUUACAAGAAAAAAUAAAAUUAGAAAAAAGUGACAGAAUAAAAAUAGAGAAGUCUGAAAAGUCCGAUAAGCUUUUGUUCUCAGACGAGGGGAUAUUAAUGAUCGAGAAAGAGAUAAAGGAAGAAGGAGAUUCGUCAGAUAAAAACGACAAAUGUGAAAAUAGAUCAGAAAAUUCAGACAAGUCUAACAAGUUCAAGAAUCUGCAUAGCGACGGACAAACGGAUGAUGAUGAAGUUUCGAGAAAACGGAGAAAAAGGCAUCCCAAUUCGGAUGAGUCUUUGUUUUCUGUUUCCAAUGUUACAUAUGGCGAUCUACAUUGGAGUACCACUUCUUAUGCUGCAAACAUACCGGUCAAACAAUUGCGUAAAGAAUUGUAUCAAUCUGUAUAUAAUCCAGGAUAUAAUCCUUUGCCGAAUGCACCACAUAUAUGGGCGAAACAUAGUAAUGCCUUAAACAGAGUAGUAUCGAAGCAGACAACGAAUCCACGACGAUGGUCUAAUGAAGAAGUGAUUAAAUUUAUACAGAGCAUGCCUAAUUGUGCUGAAGCUGGGAAUGUUAUUAGGCAGAACAAUAUCGAUGGUGAGGCAUUUUUAAUGUUGACUCAAGAGGAUUUGGUAUCGGUACUACGUCUGCGACUCGGGCCUGCGAUUAAGUUGUAUAAUAGUAUAGUUUUACUACGUCAAAAAGCAUCGUGAAUUAAGUACGGGCGAAGCAUAUGUGGCAGCUAUUGUGACGAUAUAUCGCCUAUAAUUUAUUUAAAAUAUUAUCAAGGAAUCCCAGUACAUAUUUUGCCAAUAAAUUUCAGAACUGUCUUUCUAGACGGGUAGGUGAACAAACAGAAAAUGAAUAAGACUCACACAAGUGAACACACACAAACUCUGCUUAGUUAGACAGUUCUGAAAUAUUUAUCUAAAAUCUCUUCCAUUGAAAUCAAGAAUUGAGAAGAGGGGAAAAUGGAGGGAAAGACAAUUAUCCCUUAAGAUCCACUCACAUAAGUAUUUCAUGUCCGAUCGAUUUCUGCCAAUUUAAGUUUCUCAAAAUUUCACAGACAAUUAGAAUAUAUAUUAUUUAUUUUUUUUUUUCAAAAAGAAGUACGGACAUUUGUUUUAAAAGCUUGAAUGAAACUUCAUGUAUGUUUAUGAAUUUUUGACAUUUUUUGAACUAAUUUAAAUAGAUAAAAAAGUAAUUGGAUACAAGAUACCCAUAAUUGAACUAAUGUGGUAUCUUUUUUUUACAUUGUAUGGGUUAUUACAAAAUCAUAUAUAAGGGAUAUUACAAAAUCGAAAAUGCUUGUAAAUGUAUGACAUUUUAAUUUGAUAAUUCUAUGAAUCAAUUCCUGCAAUGCGUCGAGAAAUUUCAAACUAUGCAUUGCUUCAAGUACUUACGACCUGACGUAACAUAAUUUUUCGUAUAGAAUGAGUGUACAAAUGUAAAUAUUGUUUUAAUUAUUAGGUAUUGUAAUAAAAAUACUUACAUAAUCUUUUCACCUAAUUGUAUGCAAAGUACUUUUGAAUUCCGAAAUCAAAUAUAUUUCUUACACAAAGUUUACGUUGCCAACAAGAGCUUACAUCUGCCGUUUUAUAUUUUCUCGCGAUAAUUGUUGGAUAAAAGUAAAUCUUAUGCGCGAAUAAUUAUUAUGAAUAUAUAUCACGUAGAAGGUCAGACGUGUCAGAAUCGCGUAUCAUCAAUAUAAGCAUAGUAUGAUUUUAAUAUCAAUGAUUUAUUUUUCAAAUUUUGCAUCUCCAGAAUUAUUUGAGAUUCCUUUCUCGUCGAUCUCACAGAUCGUUGUACAAUCAUUAAAAGAAUAUACAUUUUUUUAAAAUUAA